CUUGGGAGAUUUGUUUUGUUUACGGGAAUUUUGUCCAUCGCGGUUUUUUUCACGAAAUAUCACGAAAAUCUUCCGAAGACACACGACGACUUGACCCGAUUCAACCGGUCCGUCAAAUAUAACCUCAAAAAUGCAAAAACGUUUGUUCCUUUUUUGCUAACAGAAAUGCGCUUUCGCGAGGAUUUUGUAAAUAAUUUGCUUAUUUAGGAUUAAUUAGUGCAAAGGUGGGAAAAUGAGCGAAAACUUUGCAUUAGCGGCAUUGUCGGCUGAUACUCAAGUUCUGGCCAGAACUAUUGCAAAUACCGACACACUGGUGAGGAGAUUGCGCAAGGCGCAACAGGAGAAUGAGGAAUUGAAGAAUAUAGUGCAGACGGUACAAAAAACCGCCACAAAGGUCAACCAACUGUACUUGACGGAACAGGAGAAGUGUUGCCGCAAUGAGAAGCUUCUGCGGGAUUUACGGGAUGAAUUGCGUGACACGAAGGAGCGUGAGCAAGCACAUGCACAUCAAAUCAUCAAUAUGGAUCGUUUGCAUGAGCAAACAGUUGAGGAAAUACGCCAAUCAGCUGGGAAAGUGGAGAAAAGUCAGGAGAAGUUCUUCAUUCAAGUCACGAAGGAGUUACUGCGGAGUGUUCGGCUACUCAUGGAGAAUGACCUAAUGGACGGGAAGGCUGUGCAGCGAAUGAAUACGCUUCGGAAUAAAAUGGCAGGAUACCACUUCUUGAAGAAUGCCCUGAAGGAGUUUCCCAGUUUAGAGAGGAAGACAUCGCAGAGGGUUAGGAAGACUCCGGUGAAGGUUCCUCGUGAAUCUCUGAGUGAUACUGAGAGUGUGGAUGAUGGGACAUUUGAUGAGUGCCUAGAGAGGAGUUUGGAGAAAUCUCUGGAGAAGCUUCCGGCGGAUUCGUCAAGUGAUUCCGACACGGGGUACGGUACGGUGUUCUUUGAAGCAGCCCAAUUGGAAGACAAUAUGAGGUUGUGUAGCUUCCAGGAGAUUCCCAGCAUUACCACGGAGAAACCAUCCGUGAAGGAAGUUGCCGUUCAAACGUGUCCAGGAAGCUUCUGCAGCAGGGGUACCAUGACAACAAGUAUUACCGUUACAAGGGGAACAAACACAGAGAAUCACGUGAAGACUGCCAGUGUUGGGACACUCUUUCCGGAAUUUGAAGUACCUGGUUCCUAUGAGAAAAUCUUCGAAGAGAUGAUUGUGGAUCUUCCGGAAUUUGUCAAUGAACUCCCCAGUGCCCCAAUGAAAGAUGCCUCAACGGCAACAGAAGAAGCUCCGGAGAGGCAAUUUGCAGAUGCGGAAACACUGACGGAUUUGUACAAUGUCCGGAAGAUGAUUGGCUAUAGGAAACGUGAAGUUGCAGCAACAGUGGCGGCAAAUGUCAAAGUUGAGAAUUUGAAGAUGGAACCCCCAUCACCGCGUCCAAAUGAUGAGAUUCCUCUGCUUCAUCCGCAAUUUGAGCGCGUGUGGUCAAUUAUGGGGCAGACACUGUUUGCGGUAUUGAGGAAUUCAACGACAGAUCUCACACAUAGUCAGUACCUCAAUGAAGCUGAGAGUAUUGUGAAGGAAAUCCUCAAGGAGGAGAUCUUCAAGGGAGAUGGUGCUGUGAAUAACUUCCUGCCUGAUAUUGUUGAUCAUCCGGGAGUAGUGUUGGGGAAUCCCAUUGGGCUGGAGGUGGAGAAUCCCAAAGAAAUUGAAGAGAAUAUUCCUCUUGUGGAGGAGGAGAUCAUGAAGAAGCCACAGCCAGUCAAGAGGAAGAGUAUUGUGGAUUUGAAGUCUGUGAAGAAGAUUAAACUUCAGCGGCCGAGGGAAGAGGAAGAAACAAAGGAGGAAGCUCAGGAGGGACAAAAUGUCCAGGAAAAAGAUCAGGAGGAGGAUUUUUUUGAGGAGGAAUUCAACCUAGAUGUGAUCCGAGCUUUCUAUGCUCAUCCCCUUCCAUUGGAACCUAUUGAUGAUCUUCCGGAGGAAUUACUGAAGCCUCCAGAGCCACAGAAGGAAGUUCCGGAAGAAGUCCAGGAAGAUACAGCCCCCAAUUCAAUGGCAGAAACCCCCAAUUCAGUGCCGGAAACACAAGAAGAUCCCCCGAAGAAGCCAUCAAGGCCAUCAAUAAUGAACUUUGUACUCGGGCAGACAUUCCAGAGGUUUAGCAAAGCACCCAAUGGUGAAAUUUUGGGGAAAUGUGAAAUGAUUAUUCGGGAAUAUUUGCAGGUGGAAUGGGUGUCGGGUGAGCUAGUGAAAUAUGUUGAGAAGAUGAUUGUCCUGAAGCCGGAGGAGCAAAUACUAUUUGAUGCCAUUGCGGGGAUUGUGGAAGCUUCAUUGGAUCAAUUGGUGUUUAAUCCCUUCGGGAGCUUAGCUCCCCUUGUACCCAAGACGCAUCAACAAAUCAUCAUUUACUGCCACACAAUUGCCCAAAACUAUCCCGGUGGGUUCCUGCGUCGCUUCCAGCAUGCCAUUGAGAGGAGGAUCUUCACGUUGACAGCGGAAAAACUCUGCCUGAAGAAGCUCAUUAAUCUCACGUUCCUCCUCAUUCCGCUGAUGGAUUUGCAAUUUGAGGAGAGGCAGGGAAAGAUCCCCAUCCGGUUGUUUAUCUUCAAAUGCCUCUACUACUUUCACCACAAAGCCCCACCGCUUAUCUAUAUGAUUCUCAAGGCAUUUCCGGAUGCCCUCCCGGAGGCAAAAGAUGGGGAAUUCCACACAAUGGAGCCCCUUUUGCUGGCACUUCGAUGCGCCCUGGCCAAUCUCCCACCAUUGUCGAAUGCCGAGACAGAGAGGGUGGAGUACAAGAAGAAGGAACUCCUGCAGCUUCUGCGGCAGAAGUACAAAUACAUCCCCGGAAGCCCAUCAGCUGAGGAAACCACCGAAAUUCUCCUGAAGCACCUCCAGCAGGGCAAUUGCAGCAACAUUGCACACGCCCUGACACUCGUGGGGAAGAGAAUGGGCGUUGUGUGGGUGGAAACAAAUCUCAUGCAGAGGCAUCUCAUCCCGCGGCUCAAUGAUCUCCUCCUGGAGCCACCGGCAGAAGGGAGGAAUAGCCAAAUAGUCACCGUUGUCACGGCAAUUUCCUCCCUCGUGAAGGCUUUCCCCAACAUGAAGGAUCCAGCGGAGUACCAUCGAAUCUUCAGCUGUGUCCUCGAAAGCAUGGCAGCGUAUCCGCAUGUCCAGGAAGCAGCUAUUGGGGCUUUUUUGCGCCUAGCGCGUUUCGGGAUGAUUAGUGUCUUCAGUCAGAUCUAUCAGUGGCGCUCCCGGGGGCCAAUUAGUCGGCAUCUAGCAGCAGCCCUCGAGACGUUUGUUCACAGGAAGCCCCGGAAGUACUGGAUGGCGCUUGAGAGGCAAAUUAAAUAAAAACGAAUUUUCUUGGAGUGAAUUAAAAGAGGAAUUUUAUUUUGAA